UUAUUCUAAAUGUUGAAAAUUAGAGCACAGUUACUGUUUUGAUGCAUUCAAGACCAAAAUAUUACUCUGGGCCUCUUUCGAUGGACUGAUCACCUCGUAGAAAAGAACUCUCUCACUCUCAGUCCUUGUAAUUAGGGAAUGUCAAACACCUGUGAUUUCUCUUGGGAUUUGGGGUUUGGUGGUUCAAAUGAAAAGCUUGGCAGGCAUUAUGGUGGAGUACACGCUGGAAGUGACUACAGGAAGCAUGCUGCAUGCUGGCACAUUUCAUAACUUGUAUGUUACCCUGAUCGGCUCUGAGAGGCAAUCUGAACGCACUCAGCUGACCAGUUUUGGAUUGGAUGAUAAAACUGGAAAGGUGGGAACGUAUGCUGUGACUACACUGUUUUCUUUAGGAUGUCUUCUCCUCCUCAAGUUGGAGAAAGAUCCAUUCCAUGAUUCUCCAGAAAAAGAUUGGUUUUGCUCCACAAUAGUGGUGAGGACACCUGAAGAGGAUGACAUUUUUUUUCCCUGUCACAGUUGGCUUUCCAGGGGGGACUCUGUGUUGUUGAGAGGGGGGCGAGCGACAAAGGCUUUCGAAGAUCUCCAUCCUCGACUAGUAAGCCAACGGAAAAAAGAAUUGGUCCAACAAAAAUUAAUGUACAAAUGGUAUUUGUAUGCAGAAGGAAUGUCGUACAUCUUAAACAUCAAUGAUCCAAAAACUGUUCCUGCAGAAAUCCGCUUCUCCUUCUCAAAAGCCUUUGAAUUUAGAUACAAAGGAGAAGAAACAUCAGCUGAGCUCAAACUGAAAGGUCUGACCGGUUCUACUGAGCACUUUGAAAGCUUUGAGGCCAUGAAGGCGGUCUCAUGGUUUAACAAUUCACCCGUCUCAGAGUAUGUGGCGGAGCACUGGAAGGACGACGACUUUUUUGGAUACCAGUUUCUUAAUGGAAACAACCCCUUUAUGAUCCAACGUUGCUCAAAGCUGCCCACCAACUUCCCUGUAACAGAGGAAAUGGUGAAACCUUUUCUGGCCAAUGGCAGCUCUUUGACUGCAGAGAUGAUGAAGGGCAACAUAUUCAUUGUUGAUUAUAAGAUGAUGGAAGAUCUACCAACAAGAGUUAUUAAUGGUAAACCGGUAGCUAUGACUGCUGCUCUCUGCCUGCUGUAUCUAAAUCCAGAGGAGAAACUACUGCCCAUCGCAAUUCAGCUGGGUCAGCAACCCUCAGAGGACACCCCGAUUUUUCUACCUACUGACUUGGAGGCUGACUGGCUGCUGGCCAAGAUAUUUGUGAGGAAUGCAGAUGCCCUCUAUGCCAUAAUCCGCAGUCAUUUUCAGAAAAUUCAUCUACUGGCAGAAGUUUUUGCAAUGGCGACACUUCGCAACCUCCCGAUGAGUCACCCCCUAUACAAACUGCUGAUGCCCCAUCAUCGACAUACCCUCCAUGUAAACAUCCUUGCUCGUACAUUACUUCUUGGCCCUGGUAGAUUUCUUGCAAAUACUUCACUUGGAGUUGACGGAGUAACAGAACUAUUGAGAAGGGGGUUCUCCAAAACGACCUACACCUCCCUCUGCCUGCCUGAAAGCAUUGCAGCUAGAGGACUGGAGUCCAUCCCCAACUAUUAUUACAAAGAUGAUGCACUGAGCCUGUGGAGCAUCAUCAACAGCUUUAUCAAGGCAAUGGUGGCAUAUUAUUAUCCAUCUGAUCGUGAAGUGUCUGCAGAUUAUGAGCUACAGGAAUGGAUCAAUGAGAUCUUUUACUAUGGAUUUCUGGGAAAUGAUGACUCGGGAAUCCCUUCAAGCUUUCAAAAGGUGGAGGAACUUAUCAAGUUUGUCACAAUGGUGGUCUUCACGUCAUCAGCUCAGCAUGCUGCAGUGAGCGGUGGACAGUUUCACUUUUAUGGUUGGAUUCCCAAUGGUCCACUCGUGCUUCACCAAGAUCCUCCAACAACAAAGGGACAGUCGAGCAUGGAGGCCAUUUUGAAAUAUCUGCCAAAAAAAUCCUUUGCAGGAUUUUCGACGUCAACUUUGUGGCGGCUCAGCAGGAAGUACAGUGAUUUUGUACCUCUGGGUACUUAUCCCGAGCAACGCUUUGAUGAGCCUGCAGCCUUACAGAUGAUCAAGGAUUUCCAAGCAGAGCUGUCCUCCAUCAGUGUGGCUAUUACCAAGAGGAACUCUGAGCUUGAGCUGCCUUUUAAUUACUUGAACCCUAAAGUAAUAGAAAACAGUGUAACUAUUUGACCAAGAUUAUAUUUUCAACAAUGGUAAACAUUAAACGAGCUGCCCUAACUUUGUUGUCCCAUGUACU